AUAAUUAAAUACACGAAGGAGAGGAGCGAUAGCUCGUCGUCAAUUUCAACAAAAGAAGAAGAAGACUGAAAGCUUCUCGAAGAUGUCGGAGUACGCUAUGGCUCAGAAGAGUGCCCUGAAAUUAAAAGGCGUAGGAGCGGUUUCAUCUGGAAAAAAGAAGAAAAAGAAGGAUAAAGAGAGUAAGCAUCGCCUGGAGCAGGUCGUCACCAGUCAAAACGAUGAAGAGGUGAAAACGAAGAAAGCAUAUAUUGACAAAAGGACACCGGCACAAAUUGCCUUUGACAAGAUGCAAGAGAAGAGGCAAAUGGAGAGGAUUUUGAACAAAGCAUCAAAGACACACAAACAUAGAGUUGAGGAUUUCAAUCGCCACCUGGACACCCUGACAGAGCAUUAUGAUAUUCCCAAGGUCAGCUGGACCAAAUAGAACUGGGGCAAAUGUUCACUUUGUUGUUUUUUUUUACUGCUUGUACAAAAACAUUGCUUUUUUUCCCCCUAAAUGUAUAUUUGUCAUUAGCCAGCUUUCUAUAUAUCUACAAUUAAAAUUUGUUCAACUGGCAUUCUUUUAUUCUUUUGUUGUAUAUCUUGCUCUAUACAAUAAAGGAUUUGUGUAAACUUA